CUGUCCGGUUUACUUGCAGACCCCGCCUCCAAUUGGGAUCCUCCACUCGAGAUCGAGUACAUAAGUAGUCCAGCUUCCCAAAGCUCUAGAUCAGAAUAUCAUCACCAUUCAUCCUCACAAAUCAGUCCAUAUUAAAUAUAAAGAUUCAAUCUCGAGAAGUCCGGUAUAAAUAACCACAACAUCCAACCAAAACUCUACUUCUCACUUCAUUUCCGCUCAACCAACACCUCAUCAUCACCAUCACCACCAUGCAAUUCUCAAAGAUCCUCUCAACCGUCGCUUGCCUCCUAGCAACCUCAACUGCAUUCGCCAUCCCAGCUUCCCUCGACGCAGUAAGGCAUCUCCCCCUACCCCAUCCCUAUCCAUCCCCUCCCCCACCCCCAAUCUCCUCCCCAACCUAAAACCCAAACUAACAAACCCUCUUAGCGACAAUCCUCAGCAACCCCCAUCGAGACCGCCCCCCUCCAAUUAGGCGCCUGUCUCGCACUGGGAAAAUGCUACACGGAAGGCACCAACAUCGGCUGCUUGACCGCCGGCUGCGCAACCAACGAGCUGUUGGGAAGUAUCUGCUCGUGUAAUGCUUCGGUGCAGAAGGUGCUGGAUGUUCAGACCGCUAAGGGCCGUGCUACUUGGCCUUUGAAGUGUGCUUUGUAAAUGGGAUGAGGGAUUGUGAUUGGUUGUGGUGGUAGGAGCGGGUUCUUCUUUUUUCGAUGUAUAUAUGCAUGUUUUUCCUGGGGAAUUUUUGGGGAUAAGUGGGGGAUGGGCUAGGAAGGGAUUCUGGGAUUUAUGAUGGGGUUUAUGAUUUUUUGGAAGGGAUG